UCUUCUUCUCUACCGCAAUAAGCAUUGUUGACAUAAAAGAAAGCCAUCCACAAAUUUGCACAUGGUAUAAUUAUCGUAUAUCAGCUUAUCUAAGUUGAUCCGAGUGGCUUUUGAUGCGUCUGCUGUUUGCUUUGGGUAUGCCAAUCUCAUACGUACUUAUGCCGUACGUACGCCAUGUUUAAACCACACAUACGCCAUGAAAGUGCGAGUCACACAACUAUGCACAAAUUAUAGACGGAAUUCAGAAGUAAAGCACUUUUGAUUGCGUUUGAGGCAAGGCAAAGAAAAAAUUUAAAAGGAAAUUUGAUACCAACAUCGAAGAAAAAAACCAGAUGAACCUAAAUGGAGAAUCCAAACUGGUUUAAUUUUAUGCAUAGAUUGAAGAGAGAAGGGAACGAAGAAACGAACGAGGAUUAAAUGGUUUGUUUUGAUUAUAAUAUCCACAAGAGUCUAAUGUAUUAAUGUGUGCAGAGAACAUCAAAGAGCACGUUUUUUGUCGGUCAUUCAAAACGCUACCGGCACUAAUUUAUUCGUUGUUUGUGACAUCAAGCGUAAAUUGGCAGUUCGGUUCGUUCGCAUUUUGGUUUUUCAUCAAUUUCACAGAAAAAAAUUCGUAGAAAAAAUUCGCAUUGAUUUAAUGGCAUUUUGCUAUCAAUCCAAGCAUGGAAUUUUGGAUGAAUUUUGACAGAAAUUUUUUUUCCGAACAAAAUUUACAGCAAUUUCAAACCAAUUUAGAACAUCGUAUCGAAAAACUCUAUGAUCAAACUAUUUUCACGACAAAAUGCUUAACAUUCGAUCGAAAAGCCUGCCGUAUACGCAUACUUGGCACCAAUUGUCUAUCAAUCAUUCGUGAUUCGCUUCAGUUGUUUUCAUCAAACACAUUAAGUAAACUUAUUGAAAUUGACAUCCAUCUUUUUGUUUGUGAUUGUUUUCAUCUUCGUUGUUGUUGUUAUUACUGGAGUGUGGCAGGCGCGCGCAUUUUUGAUAUAUAUAUAUAUUUUUUUUUAUACAUCCCAUGAACACCUACACACAUCAUCAACCACAUUGAACGGAAAUUUGCAUAUAAUUGGUUGUCGUAUAAAACAGACGUUAUUAUUGGCGUUGUUUGGCUUAUUACGAAUCAUAUGCGAUAGAUUAAUGUGUCAUUUAAUUGUAAAUAUAUGUGUUUUUGCCAUCCAUACACAGCGCGCUUAGCUCAAUGCUCGCAACCAAUUACAAGUCGUCAAAGUUAUGCUUGUUAGCCGUGAAAAAUGUAAUGAAUUUGAAUUCUUUAUUCAAAUUCAAAUCCAUUUGGCUGUUUCAUUCAACAGUGCGCACACCGUUCAGACGAAGAAGCAUUUAUUUAAAAAAAAAUAUAAUUGUUCGGCAGCCGUAAAAACGUGUCUUUCAUUUAAAAUUGCGAGUGUGUUUGCGACAAAAAUUGGCAAUAAACAAAAGGAACGAAAAACAAAAAUCACCGAAAUAUUAUUUAGUUGAGCCAAAUUAAAGUCAGUUCCAGUCAAUUGCGUGAAUAAAACUGUGUGAUUUAGUUGGAAGUCAGUGGCAUUUUAUAAUUAAGUUUUCAUCUGAAACACAUUCGCACACACUAAUCAUUAUCCUUUGUCCGGCAAUAAAUCAUAAUUUUAUCACGUAUUUUGACAAGUGUAAACAAAAAAACGUUAAUUGUUUCAGUUGAAUACGAUACGGAAAUUGUGGUGGACAUUCACGAUUCAGCAUUGACGAUGCGGACAUUUUUUUCUUUCUCGAACGAGCACGCAUGAAGAUUCCCCAACUAUUUCGAAUAUUGAAACUUCCGUUCUUUGAAUAAGUUUUUUUUUCUCUCUGUGCAUCAUCAGUGUUUUUUGCUCUCUCGUUCAGUGCUUAACUAGUUGCGUUGGUUAUCGCGAGCUAAUUCUUCGCCACACCGGAAUCAUCAUUUCCGUAGAGAAUCUAUUCUCUAUCAGACAUUGACAUUGGCUUGACCAUAUCAUACACAGCAUUUUUCGUGCAGUUUCAUUUAGUGAUAUCAUUUUAUGUGCUUGAAUUUGUUCAUGGUGGUUCGACUAGCGCGCGCAACCAAUCAAUCCGAUUUGUGCAUACUUGAAACGCAUAUUGUGUGCAUGCCGCACGGAUGGACCUUCGAUUUUAUAUUUUUUUUAUUGGAUACAUUUUGUAUGUGCUUGACAUUAAAAUCAAAGUUCGAUAACAAAGACACGUUGUUUACAACGAUUUUUUUUUUGUUGUGAUUUUAUUUUUGUUCGUUCUUGUUGUUGUUAUCGCCCGGUGUGAGUGUGCCCCAAAGACGUCAAUCGCCAAUCGUGAAGAGUGACAUGCCGUGCAAUUACCAAUUUGCGAAACAAUAUUUAACACUAAUCAAACGUCUUGACAACAAUCGAUUAAGAUGGUUUCACGGCAAUCUGUCGGGCAAAGAAGCUGAAAAAUUGAUUUUGGAACGUGGAAAAAACGGUUCGUUUUUGGUACGUGAAUCGCAAAGUAAACCAGGUGAUUUUGUACUAUCCGUUCGUACGGACGACAAAGUGACACACGUGAUGAUCCGGUGGCAAGACAACAAAUACGAUGUUGGUGGUGGCGAAAAAUUUCCAACACUUUGCGAACUCAUCGAACACUACAAACGAAAUCCAAUGGUCGAAACUUGUGGCACUGUUGUUCAUUUGCGACAACCAUUCAAUGCUACACGCAUUACAGCAGCUGGUAUUAACGCUCGUGUCGAACAAUUGCAGAAGGAAAAUGGACAACAUUGCUAUGGAAAGGGAGGAUUUUGGGAAGAAUUCGAAUCACUUCAACAGCAAGAGUGUAGACACACAUUUUCACGUCGUGAAGGACACCGGAUGGAAAAUCGGAAUAAAAAUCGAUAUAAAAAUAUUUUACCAUUUGAUCACACGCGUGUCAAAUUAGUGGAUGUGGAUACGACACAAAUCGGUGCUGAAUACAUCAAUGCCAAUUACAUCCGACAACCAUCCGAAACCGAACAAUGUGAUAUGAAUUCAUCGUCAACGGAAAAUCUAAGUGCGUCACUGUGUGCGGCCUGUACAUUUGCACAACAACAGAAGAAUUGCCAAAAUUGUCAACUACUGAAUAAAACAUGUGUUCAAUGUGCGAUGAAAUCGGCUAUAAUUCCACUGAAUGGCAACUGCACCAACUGUGGGAAGAAAACAGAGGGUAAACACAAACGUAGUGAAUCGAUAACAUCACGUGGUUCAACUAUAACAUUGAAAAAAGAUGAAAAAGAAUCGUGUAAAACGUAUAUUGCGACCCAGGGCUGUUUACCAAACACGAUAAUCGACUUCUGGAAUAUGAUUUGGCAAGAGAACACUCGUGUUAUUGUGAUGACUACCAAAGAAUUAGAGCGCAGCAAAACGAAAUGUGCACGCUACUGGCCCGAUCAGGGACAAACAAAAGAAUGGGGCCAUGCCAAAGUUACCUGCUUAACGGAAAAUUCCACCAACGACUAUACGUUACGUGAAUUUUUAUUCUCAUGGAAGAACAAAGAUGAACGUCACAUAUACCAGUAUCACUUUCAAGUGUGGCCAGAUCAUGGUGUCCCAUCGGAUCCAGGUUGUGUGUUGAACUUUUUGCACGAUGUAAAUGCCCGUCAAGAGCAAAUUCGAUCCGAAGGAAUCAGUCCGGGUCCGAUUUGUGUGCAUUGUUCGGCUGGUAUCGGUCGAACGGGAACAUUCAUAGUCAUCGAUAUGAUUCUCGAUACGAUCGAUCGCAAUGGGCUCGACACCGAAAUCGACAUCCAGCGAACGAUUCAAAUGGUUCGUUCACAGCGAUCGGGUAUGGUUCAAACCGAAGCCCAAUACAAAUUCGUAUACUAUGCCGUACAACAUUAUAUCCAAACAUUAUUCCACCGAAUGCGCGCCGAGCAACAGAGUCUUCAAGUUGGACGAGAAUAUUCAAACAUUAAAUAUUCAGGUGAUCUGAAUGAAUUACAACGAUCACCGCUGCCGACUUCAAUGUCAAAUUUGUGUAUCAACAAAAAUGACACCAUCAAUCAGAAGAAAACGAGAUCGACAUCUGAGGCGCAAAUAACUCCACUUAGAGCAAAUGACGUCACUACAUCAACGUUGUAUGAGAACAUUCCGAAAGUGACGAGGCCACCACCAACGCCACCGAGAAAAUCAUGACACAUAAUGGAGUUCUAAUUGCACUCCCUAUAUUAUUAUCAUUAUUAUUAAACAUUUCUGUUACUGUUUUUUUAUGUUUGUCUGUUCAUGUGAUGAAUGUUAAAGAAUAUGAUGUUGAAUGAAACGAGAAAAAAAAACACACAGAACAAAUUGGACAUUCAAUGUUUUAAUUUUGAGUGUGAUAGGGAAGAAUUUUGGAUGAGACACCUCUCGGCAUGAUUAUUGUUAACAAUGGUUAGAUUGAUUGACAAAUUUUUAUCUGGUUGACAAAUGUAUUACAAUAAAAUAGACCUUAUUCCGCCGUUGAGAAAAGGGUAAUCACGAGUAUAAUAUGAACCACUUUGAGUUCAUCCAAAUCCAGUAAUUCAUGGUAAUCGAAUCCUGUUAUCAAGUCUAGUAUAUUUUAAUCAGAAUAGAGUGCAAUAUUGCGUAAAUGGAAGUAAUAACCGAUGCAUUAAAAAAUCGAACAAAAUGUAUGGCCUAUUCAAAAUCAAAUUUUAUCUCAAAAUGGAAAUGUUAUGUUCCAAAUGGAAUAAAUGUGUAGAACAAUGUAUUUGUUAUGUAUUUCAAGUGGUGAGAGCAUUCGAAGAGAUGUUUUUCAGUUGCUGGACUUCAUUUUCAAUUUUAAAAUCUUCAAUUUCUGUUAUUUUUUUUAAAUCUUCAAAUUUUUACUGCCAAAUCAAAUGGAAAAGUUUAAACUUUCUCGCAAAAAUAAGAGAAAAACGUCAAAAGUUUUCUGCCAAAGAUUGUCUCCCAUGGCGAUCUUAUAAUUUAAAGAAUCUACUGCUCUUUGAACCAUUUUUUUUCUAUUUGAAUUGUCCAAAAUGUCAAAAAUUGGUUGAAAAUAGUUUUGAAAGUAGGAUGCAACUCACCACAGAAAGUUAUAGACUCUAAGUAUCAAAAUCGUUCCUUUUACUCUACUAAUUGGCGGUGUUCUUCUAAUAGUUGUUUGGAUUUUUCUUUUAAAUUCCGAAUAUUUUCCAAAUUUGCAGUCAAUGGAAUUGUGCAACCAAAAAAAAUAUCCCGAUUUUCUUUGGCGUUAAAUUGCUUAUUCCAUAAUAUUCGCAGGCUUGAUUUUUUUUUUGUGAUAAAAGCAUCCAAACAAAUGUCUCAUUUUGAGACCAUAUUCAUCAUGCCGAGAGAGCUUGAAAUUAUGUUGACCUAAUUUCCUUAUGUCAGGCAAUAAUUUCGUAAUAAUUCAACAUCGAUUGUAUCAAUUCGAUACAUACCAAUGCAAGUGUCUCAGAUCCUUGAAUGAAGAAAUUUUAGUUUUAGAUUCGUGUUUGAUGUUAGAUUGUGUUUGAAGCCAGUUGAUGUAGAAGAAUUUAAACAGAAAUGAAAAAAAAACAUGGAACAUUUCAUAAGAAAUAGAACAAAGGGUUGAGUAAAAAUGGAAGAAUCUUUGGGAUUUAUAGGAGCCACAUGCAAUAGCUCAAUUACAAAAUUUUCAAAGAAAACUUAAAAAAAAAAUACACACAGUUAUAUAAAUUAUUAAAUCAGAUAUUCGACGCAUACAAAUAAAAUCUGAAUGUUAGUUUCAAUCAAUAAUUGAGAAAAAAAAUACAGUUUCAAUCUAUCUAUUAGCUAGAGUUGGUUUUUUUUUAGAGAGAAAACAAAAAAAUACUAUUCAGCAUUUAAAUUGAUGAAUAAUUAUAAGCUAUUAUUAUGUUUGGCGUCCAUCAUAUAUUGUAUUUUUUUUCUUUUCUGACAAAAAAGAACUCUUAUUGUAUGCUCCUUUAGCGAAAGUCAUUCUAGGCACUUCCGUUUUUACUGCGCAGAUUAUGUUCCUUUCGUAUACGAUCGAAAUUUAUAUAUUUUUAUUAAAUUUUGCUAAAAAUAAACAUUAUAAUAUGAUUAAUUUGUAGAUGUGGAAUUUAAUUCCCAAAAAAAGAAACUUUUUCGAAUUCAUUUCAAUUUUUCGGAAAUAAUUCACAAAAAGUUUUAUGAAGUUAUAUUUGUAUAAAAUCUGAUAUUACAGAAAUAUAAAUAUAUAUAUAUGUGAUUUGGAUUAUGAUUUCUACACAUAAAAAAUAAUGUUCAAAAUGGAGUCAUUUGUUGAAAUAAAAAUAAAAUUAAAUCCAAUUUCAAA